UCAUUUUAUUGGUGUUUGAAGUUUUGAUAAAUUUUCAAAUACAUUCAACGUUUUUAUUUAGUCCUUUUCUAGUCAAUACUUAUCGUGAAAUUACGAAGUCUAAGACUGAAAUUCCAUUGGUCUYAGGAUAAAGGUCGUUACCCUUGUGUUUGGGUGUUUGUAGAAUUGUGCUGGAUCUUCAUUCGGGAACAUCAAUAUUYUAACCAAGAUGAGGCAGCAGGUAUUAUGGAUUACAUUAAUUGGAUUGRUUGCUAUUGGUUAUGCUGGAAAGUAUUCCGGAGAUCAAGUACUAAGGAUUGUGCCGGCAACCGACCUUCAGGUUAAACUUCUUCUACGUCUUCAAGAACAGGAUCCGUUAAGGUAUGAUUUCUGGACGUUUCCUGGCAAUGCUGGUAUGCCAGUCGACAUUCACGUGAAAUCCCUUGACUGCGCAAACUUCACCAAGUUUUUGAASAACAAAAAGAUGAAAUAUGAAGUUAUUUCGCCAGACGUUCAAAAGUUGCUUGACCAGCAAGACGACCAUCCUCAUUACGCUGACGCAAGAGAGGAGUCCUGGUUUGUGAAAUAUCAUCCUUUUAACGAGAUCAUCAACAAGACACGUAGGAUAGCUGCACUCUCAAACAUGGCAACUGAGGUGGAAAUUGGUAAAUCAUAUGAGGGCAGAGAGCAACUGGCCGUCAAAAUCAGUAAUCAGAAAAUGGAAGGCAGUCGGCCCAUGUUUUUCAUUAACUGUGGGAUCCAUGCUCGCGAAUGGGUGAGCCCUGCGACAUGCGUCUACAUUAUUGAACAGCUUGUUACAAAGUACGGCAAAGAUCCAACAGUUACAAGAACUUUGGACAAAAUGGACUUUACUAUACUACCAGUAUUAAACCCAGAUGGCUACACCUACACUUGGAAGGGCGAUGGGAAUCGUUUCUGGAGGAAGAAUCGCAAUCCCGCAAAUGACGGCUCUGCAUGUGUCGGAGUUGAUUUGAAUCGAAACUUUAGAUAUGGAUGGGGAAAAGAUGUUGAAGGAGUAGAAAGUAAAAACCCGUGUAGUGACAUUUACCGGGGGAUUGGACCUGAAUCAGAGAAAGAAGUGAAGAAUGUUGCCGAUCACCUGAGAUCUCUUAAAGACAAGCUUAAAGCUUACAUGGACAUACAUUCCUACAGUCAAAUGUGGAUGUUACCAUGGGGAUACACCACAGACCCACCUCAAGACUAUGAGGAAUUGCUUAAAGUAGGAAAGAUUGGUGCUGAAGCAAUCAAGGAAGAAAUAGGCGCAACUUAUACAGUAGGCAGUUCUUCAAAGCUAUUAUACAGGACAUCUGGUACUACAAAGGAUUUCGCGUACGGUGAGCUUGGUGUCAAGUAUUCAUAUGUCCUGGAACUCAGAGAUAAAGGAAAAUUCGGAUUUGUGCUACCAACAAGUCAAAUUCUCCCGACAGUCAUCGAGAUCUUCUCUGGAAUAAAAGCAAUGGUUGCUGCGAUGGAARAUUUCUCAAACGAACCAUAAACAUGAGGAUCUCCUUUUCAUUCAACUUAUUCAGCAUAACUUUUGCAAUGCAAUCUCUCAGUUUUUGCUUUCAAGCUGUUGACGGUUUAAUUGGGUGACAAAGUAUUAAUGAUUUAGCAAAUCAUCAUUCAGCAUUUUGUUUUUCUGGUAGAUAUCUGUUUACCUUCAAAAGUUUAAUUUCAUGAUAAUUAUCCUCGGAUSAAAUCUCUGGACUAAAGAUAGUUAAUGAAGUAAAAAAUAUGCAAUAUUGUAGGAUUCCAUGCAGGGUUUAUGGGUUACAGCAAUCUCUCUCUAGCCCAGAGUCAGAGGAGGGAACAGUAGUACCCCACAUUGCAUUGCGUUUCAGACUAUAUUAUCGGUUUUUAUAUGACGUCAUCACUUGUUUUUGGUCUUGGCCGAGUGAAGAUCAAUGGCGGGAAACUUUGACCCGUUCGUCAAUUUCAUCUCUAGAAUUUCGAUUAUAGAGAUGAAACUCUCAAAGACUCUUCUUUUUUGUACAUUCAUUGUAUAAGCAAGAACAAUUUUCAAGUAUUGAUAAAAGGAAUUGUUUUUUUAGACCUUAUUUGUCGACAAGUGGACUGUUUUGUAGAUAAAAUCGAUAAGGAAAUUAUCGAAGAGGCAAGUUGCUUUGAUUCCUGUCGCUGUGGACGGUCAAAAGGUUGAAAAACUGUUUGAUAAAAUAAGAAGUCCUACUUUAGUCCGUGUUUUUAUUUCGUCAGAUUUAGAGGUUAGUAAAAACAAACCACGCGCGCAAAGCAUAAAGGGAUACUACUGAUAUCUCCUCUGACCCAGAGUCUUCACGGCUAUUGUCAGCGGUAUGCUGACGCCGGAAAGAAUUGAAUGGAUUUGCGAUGCUUUUCCGCCGAGAAAUAACGCAUUCACACAGAGUGUCUCGCGCAUUGACUUCCUCUGGAUGGCAAAAGUGCGGGGACUGGGUAUGAGAUUGGGGUUACAAAUCCGCUAUCAACUGAUUACUACUUAACGAACAUUAUUAGCUUGAGGCAGAUUUACACGAUGCGUUAUUGUCGUGUACGGCUUGCAUACAACUAAAAUGAACUACAAGUCCUGCGUAAAUGCCCUUACGACUUACUGACGCUCACGUCAAGACUUGUAAUGCGAUUUUUAUAAAAAAAAACAAAUUUUUACGACUAAAAUAAUCACUGCAAAAUAUCGUCAUUUUUCCAAAAUUAGGACUGGAAAAAGUAUUUUAUCUCCCCUCUAACUCCCCGCUACGGGGUGAGAAACGGAUGUACAUAGGCUAAAUUUUAUCCAAUAAAAUUGCGAUGGGUGUAAUAUUCACAAAUUAAACAUUGUAAAUAAUGAUAGCAAUAAUAAGAACUUUGUUUUCUAUAGCGAUGUUAGUUCAUACAGCUCGAAUUACUUAGGUCUUAUUUAGCCGACCGCGCGGUCCAGAUAGAAAAAUCUGUAUGACUGACAAAUCAAGAUUUUUCUAUCUGGACCAAGCAAGCUCGGUUAAGGGUUAGGGUUAGGGUUUAUUGUAUGACCGUUUUCAUCGGAUAGAAAUUAAGAUUAUACUGAACAUAAAAUUUUAAGGCAGUUUUUGUUCUUCGUUUUCUCUAUCAAUUGAAAUUUCGUCUGGAUWACAUUCGCAAAAAUCCAAAAAAAUCGCAAGUUAUGUAGCGUGCACAUUCUACUCAAGAGAAUCUAGCUCUGAAAAAAAAUCGACAUCAAUCAAUCAUAUUCACUAGCGUCUCCAAUACGCAAGGUCAUAUAAUAAAGUAUGUUAAAAAAGAAGAA